AUGGAACGUCGUACAUUCUCCACGGAGGCCGAGCGGGAGGCUUCACUCUUCCUUAAGCUCGUGAACUGGCACAAGCUUUUCGAAUCCGACACCCCUCCGCGCCUGGGUAUCGACGUGGAAAGGCGCAUACCAUACGCGACUAUGUGUGCGUUCUUUCCCGGACUAGCUCUGGGAUAUGUUCAUGGAAGCAAAAAAGCUGGCCUGCUGUUCCGAGCAGAGAACGCGCAUCGAUUCCCCACGUCCUCGACCGGCUGGUUCCAGUACCACAAGACCAAGAACUAUAUCUCCAUUGUGGGUGGUGUGAAGGAUGGGGUAAAAAUGGGGGCCAAGCUAGGAGCUGGAGCUCUGGCCUUUUCCCUAUUUGAGGAGACGGUGGACUAUGCUCGGCAUGACGAGAGGGACUUUUUGUCGACGGUGACUGCUGGUCUAUCGUUCUCUGGUAUUUACAGCUUACUAGCUCGCCACGAUGUUUACACUGCUGCUCGUACUGCAAAAUUCGGGUUGAAGCUGAGUUUGACCUACGGCUUAUUACAAGAUGUUCUAGAAACAGCAAAAGGCAAUCGCCCGAAAUACUUGGAUUUCUUUCUUGGCAAAAGAGAGCCUAGAACAAAGGACGAGGGUAAUAUCUGA